UACUGCUAAAUUACAAACCACUGUGCUUCUAGUCAUCCUUUUGCAGCCCCACAUUUCAUCCCUGAGCCCCUGUUGGAAAAGGCUACACUCCCCCCUUCAUUUUUUGCCUUUUGUUUCCGAGGUGGAGCCUGAUACCCCGACUUUACCAAACUGAACUGCCGGCGGAGCAGACGGACAAGAGAGGACCAGAAGCAGCAGUCGUUGGCACAGCUCUGGGACGCAGCAGCAGAUCGGGGGAGGGAACAUACAAGGCGGCUGCAAGGAGAAGGAAGAAGAAGAAGGAUUUGGGGGGGGAAGCGCUUUGCACGGUUUGACAUUCAUUUUCAUCACGAGAAAAGAUGAAUUCUUUCAUCCUGCUGUCGCUUUUUGCCACGAUCAUCGCCGGAAAGUCACCUCGGCUGAAAUUUGUGGUGCACGAGCCCUCUAGGUUCCACUUCAGCAAACCCGAGAACUACAUCAGCAUGUACCACCAGGAAGGAAGCGACACAAUCUACGUGGGCGGCCGGGCAAUGGUCUACGUUUUGACGUUCACUGACAGAGAUGUCCGAGACUUUCAGAUCCCAGUGGCAUCCGAUCAGACUGCAAUUGACACCUGCAAGGCAAAGGCGGCACCGCUCGAGCUGGAGUGUGAUAAUUUCAUCACCGUCAUUCAGAAAGUAAAUGACACAUUCAUAGUAUGUGGGACAAACGCUGGGAGCCCCAGGUGCUGGAUGCUGGUAAAUGACACGGUGCUGACUGACGUCCAGGGUGCAGGGCAAAUAGCCUCAGCCUCUGACAUCUCACCACCCUACCCUUCCCAGAAGUCUAUCACUUUGCCUGCAGAUGGGAGUCUGUAUUCUGCUAUGUCGUCGGUGGGAGGCUCCGCCGGCUCGAUCCGGCGUACGUUUGGCCCCCAGAAACUCCUGAAGACUGAGAACGUUUGGCUGCUGAAUCCACAAUUUGCUGGUGCAGCCAUUAUCCCAUCUUCGGAAAAGUUCAAAGAGGAGAUCUACUUCUUCUUCAGCGAGUUCAACAAGACAGCCAGAGUGGAUGAGGAGCCAUACAGGGCCCGGAUUGGCCGGAUUUGCACGGUGGAUGAAGGAGGCAUCAGAGCCCUGCUGGCAGACUCUUGGACCACGUUCAUGAAGGCACGGGUGAUGUGCGGUGCAGGAAACACUCAGCAGCAGUACAACAACAUGAAGCAGGCAGUGGUGUUGACCGCUCAGGACAAGAGGGCUGGGGUCCUGUAUGGCCUUUUCUCCAAUGCAUGGGGCAGAACAGUGAUCUGUGCCUACUCCAUCGAAGCUAUUGACCAGGCCUUCUCCACGUCUAAACUGAAAGGCUACAGCAGUCCAUUCACUGGCAGUCGCCCUGGGAUGUGUGUCCGCAAAAACCCGUUGACGGCGGAAGGUCAAAACAACAUCAAAAACUUAGGGGUGAUCAGAUACCACCCAGAAAUUGAAGAUGUGAUCCAGCCCGUCGGCGUGGCUCCACUCGACCUCCCCACAGAUGACCAGAUCACACAUACAGUGGCGGACAUCGUCAUGGCGGUCAAUGAUGAGCACUACAGCGUCCUGUACGUCGGAACAGAACAAGGCAAAGUUCUCAAAGUUCUUCAUACAAGCGAUGAGGUCUUCAUCGUAUCUCAGUACUCUCUGUUUCACAACGAGGGCCCCGUUCUAAACAUGGCCAUCGACUCCCAAAAGGGACAUCUGUACGUUGGUACAGCGAUGGAGGUCCAGCGACUGCCGCUGGCUGACUGCGGUCGCUAUGGCGACACAUGCAGGGAGUGCAUCCUUUCUAGAGAUCCAUACUGCGGCUGGGACAAGGCCAGGAGGAAGUGCAUCGCCAUCCCGCCUGGAUACAACGUCACAUCUGGGGCGCUCAUUCAGAAUCUGGACCAUUCGAACUCCUCAGUUUGCGGGGAAGCUGCUGCUCUGAAGCUGCGCCGAACUUCCCCUAAAGAAGUGGUGGUGCCAUUCAACACCUCCAUCUUUCUGCCCUGCCCUGUGCGCUCCUUCCACGCCACCUACCGCUGGGAGAAGGACAACUGCUUCAAGAACUACCCCUGCCUCUUCUCUGGAGACUUCUGUGUCCUGGGGCCAGUAGUUGACACUCCCCUGAAGGAAGGUGUCUUCCGCUGCAUGGCCACCGAAGACGGAUUUAAGGUGGAGGUUAUAUCCUUCAGGCUGGUGAAUGAUGGCAGGCCCCUGGCUGCCUCUCUUACCUCUACCUUGGGGCUUUCACUGUUGCUCGCUGUGGCUACCCUGUGGCUUCAUUAAUGCAGCUAACACUAAUGCUAACUCCUCAUCCUUACUGGCUCCCAAUGACAGGAAAGACAAGGAGCCAUUGUUCAGAGGUCAGGUUCGCAGAGCAUUGAAGUACAUGGUUGGGUUGUACGGUGAUGAUUCACCUUUUUCUAUUUCGGUUUUUAGAUAAAGAGUCUUGAAAUAUCUGUGAAUAAGGGAUUAAAAUUCUAUAUUUUUUAGCCUAAAGCAACAUAUCUGCAACCGCAGCUGUCUUAAGAUCAAAACUGGAAAAUACAUACAUUAACAUUUAAACUAAAGUGACUAGGAGUUACUGUCCACGAACUGGCAUGUCUUUCAAGUUUAAACUUGAUUCAACCAUAAUUAGAUGCUUUGCGAACCUUUCCUCUCUGACUUAAAAAAAAGAGAAACAUAUCCUACGAGUUGGGCAAAAAACACCAAUACCAGGCCAAUUCUUUUUACCAUUUCUCUACUUAUUUUGAAAUUGACUUGAUCGUGCUUAUUUGUGAAUAUGUAAACCUUUAAUACCGCUGUUACAUCUAAUCAUUCAUCUUGUUAAACUUCACUGGUAUAGCUCAUUAGUACUUAGAAAAAUGUCUGGUAUUGAGAUUUAAAAAGCCUUAACACUUCUGGGACAUAAACUCCUAAGCACAAUUUUGCAGUUGAGGCAGAAUACUGCAGACUCGGUUGGACUUGGCGCUAUAAUUAGUGCAGCUGAGUCUAACAACAUCGCUGGGAGGAAGUGUCAGCUUUUUGACGGGAAGUAGGCGGAUGGGCAAGAGCUCAUCCUCAAACAUCACUGUGUCUCAGCACCUCCUCCUCAGACAAGGCAGUUUCUUGCAUCUUUUUAGCAGAUGGUAUCAGACAUCGUUAUUACGCCUUGUUCACAGCUUUGUCCGUUGUUUUUCUUUUUACAUGCCAUCGUCUUUCCUCCUCCCCAGAGCAUCAGCACAAACCACUCGCUCUUACAGGAUGUGAAAAACACCACAACGUCGCCCACAAUACCUUUGGAGCAAAAGUUCCACAAUGUUAGCAGUAAGGAGCAAACCGCCCUCAGAGUCUUUCAAUACCAUUAAAACUCUACAAUUAUUAAUCUCUGUUAAUCAAUACAAACGUCCACAAUCUGGUUGCAAGUCAUGCCAAACAGUGAUCUUUCUGCUAAUUCUGAAUAAGCUGGCGGCAAAUCAUUAGUGGAAGAACACUAUGUCCAUCAGGUUUUGGGAAAUGGAGCGAAGGCCACUACGGCAAAGAGGAGCUAAUGUGCUGCAAGUGAAACACGAUUCCUGUCAGCUCGACAAUGCGUAAAGAUGUGAACAAGGUGUUACGCUAUUGCAAUUACAAUAACCGCAGACUUAGAUUAUCAAAGGGGCAGAUGAAGCUCAUGGAACUGCAAAGUAGAGUUGCAUUUCAUAGUUUGCCAGGAGAAAAAAAGGCUUGUACUUAAAUCUGUGAAGUAUAUUCUGUAUUUUAUUGCUCUGCAGAUGCCAAUUUCAACCAUUGCUGCCUACGUAUGUGACAGUUUGUCUUGAUGGUUUGGGUUUUUAUGCCAUAGUUAGAAUGUGAUAUGUAACCAUUGACUGCUUUGCCUCUUUCCCCAGGGACAUCAGUGCAAACAGACGACAAAAUUGUUAUUUUUCAUACUUGUAUCUUUAUGCUGUGAAACAAAAAGACUUGACAGAUUCUUCGCUGGUGUGCAGCAGCAACCACAACCAGCAGUGAGAACAGUGAGUUUAGGAUCAAACAUCGCCCUACGCAGACACCUGCAGCAUCAUCCUUUCAUAUAUUUCUUUGAUAACCUUGGAAACAAUAUAUUAAGCGGACAGAUUAAAUCGGAAUGUGGAAAGAACAAGUAGUGAAUGUCGCUGGGGUUCAGCUCUGCAGCACUGAAAUGCCAAAAACUCUGCCAAACCUAAUGAAUACUGAUCAGCUGACUAAAGAAGUAGACUUAUGUGGCGAAUAAAUUAUGCAGCGGAUUAGCAAGUCCUCCAGAGCUUUGAGAAUUAUCACUCACUAAUAGUGCAUAAAUCUGGUCACACUAAGCCUUCCACAGUGGCAGAAAUGUCAUUAAUAGCUAAUUACACAAUGGACCCGGCUCGACAUGUCCUGUAUUAAAGAAUUUAUUUGACACCGUCAGGGAUACAGACGAGCGAGCAUGUUCUCAACUGUGAAAAUCAUGAGUUGUGUUUCUCACUCGGCUUGGUUGUGUGUUGCUGCUCAGGGGAUCUGCUUGCUUUCUGCAUUGCACUGACGCGGGCUACUGACUGUGCCACAAAAAGAGGAGGAAAAAAAAUGGAAAAACAAAGCUGUGUUAAGCCUCAUCCGGCCGGUGCUUAUCGCUUCAUCUUACGUUCGUUUGCAAAAAAUCUCUCGCUCCCUGCCUUGCAUAAUAUUUUGUGUCAGACAAACCCUAAGCACGUGUACAACAUCGGUCUUCCUCACAGCCAAACACAGAAAUACUGCAGGUCUAACAUGCAUAUUAAUCGUCUUUGUGUCUCUGUGUCACCACCAGGGUGGGAAAUUAACACCAGCCACCAGACUUUGGCAGGAAAUUAACUCGUACAGACAUGCUCAAGGCAUUUUUUUUUCCUGAAUAACUUCUUUAUAUUGUAAAUUUAACUGCUAAGUACUGUAUGUGUUGAUGUGAUUAGAUUGAGAGAGUUGUUACCACAGGACACAUUGGGAAGAGAGGCCUAUGCCAUCCAAUUCUAAUGAGGCAAAUUAGCCUGGUAUCAUAAGCUUCUUCACUGAGCCCCAUGUCCAUACUAUAUGCUUCCAGAGACCACCAGAAAAACAGCAGCAUUCAUUCAUCAUGCUUUCAAAAAAACUGCUGUACGUUGGACUUAAAACUUUGCUGUCAUGCAGACAAUUACUGUCUUGUCUGAUUAGAUGGCAUGGCAAUGCUAUCCAUGUCACUUCCAUCAUAUCCCAUCAGCUGCAGAACGUUGGUUCAUUUUAUCAUGAUUGUGAUUCCUUAGUAAGAUUUCAAGUCAAAUGGUUCAUUUUGGAUGAACUUACUCUUGAUGGAAACAUCUAACUGGUCUCCAGCAAAGUCCCAAGUUCACCAUUUUUUGUAACAACAGCUGCUUAUCAGCUAUUUUAUGGAAUGCCAACUACUUCAUUAACUGCUGUGAUUUUUGCAUUUUGCCAUGAUGUUGCAGUCAGGGGAGACCUUGUAUACUAGCUUUUUACUUAGUAACAACACUAUUUAAUACUGCUGUCAAGUUAAAUGUAACAUCCUGUUGAAAAAGUGAAGUAACUAUAGAUAUCAAAUGAAUGUAGUAACUCAAAACUGUAAGUACAGUACUUCAGUAGAUGCAUUCACAGUAAUUAGUUACUUUACCUCUGACUUCUGCAAGUAUUUUGUUAUUGUAACUACACACAGAAAUAAUCUACUCGACCACUGCAGAAUAUUAAAAAUUGUACCAUGUCUAAGCCAAUGGAUGAAGCUUUAUUAUAGUGUGGAUUUGGGACAUAGGGCUUCUUUACUCACCAGGAGGGAUGACCUAGUGACAGAGUGUUAAAUAAGGCCACUGACUCGCCCUCUUUGGGUAGGUGGAAUCAGGCCCUCAUCAUUCAGCAUUUUACCCAAUCAUCCGUCUACACCGGACAGGGCAUUGCUGUAAAAUCCACACUCGUGCCACUGAAAUUUAUAGCAUUUACCCACACUUGCUGGCAUGAAAUGCCAUCUCCAGUCAAGUCCAUUCAAGUCCUUGCUUUGAUAUGGAUAUUCUCGUGGCUGCUAUAUCGAAAGUCAGCUAUCACUCACUCACAUCUGUCAUCAUCAGCCAGUCUGAUAAAGGCUAAUCCCCUUCAAAGCAAGCUCUUGAUUUUGCCUUCAGGAAACUUUUUUCUUUCUUUUUUUUUUUUGUGGAUCACGCUAUCUGCUGUAAACGUCGAGUGAGGCGGGUUGCUGUUUUGUUCGCUCUGGGGUUUUGAGUGUCGAGUACUGUACAUGAUGUGCGCUCAUGAUUCUGUGUCUUAAUAUAUCUAAUUUUAAAAAGUAACAUGUCAAACUCUAUUAUAUUAAAAAAAGGAGAGAUUUAUAUUUGUGCCAUGCCAGUCUAAUACCAUCUCAUAACAUGUAUUUUUAAGUAACAGAUAUCUAUAGUGCAAUAGAUAUUCAUGUAACAAAUCCAUAUUGACAUUUGUUUCCCCGAACAUGUGCGGUGAAAAUUAAUAAAAUAUAAGAAUAAAGAAA